CGCAGAGCCCCGCAGCCAGCGAGCGCUGCCUUCCUGGGAAGCGGGCGGCUGCUCGCGAGCGCAGCCCUGCUCUGCCCGCCAGCCGCGCAUCCCGGUGCCUGUGCCCCACGGCCACAGCUUUGCUGCGCUAUAGCGCAUAGAAUAUGUGCAAACCCACAGGCGCUAAGGUGCUUUCUGUGGGGCUUCUGGGCAGUGGUGACUAUUACGCCUAGAGAUACCUUUCGAGGGCUCUCGCUGCGCCUCUGCGUAGCAAGCGACACUGCGGUGCUCGGGAUCAGGGCGGCAGCUGCCUCUUGGAGACGUCUUGGGCUCCGUGCACCCUCCCUCUCGUUCCUCCUCCGCUCUCUCCUUCCCUCCCCGAGCUGCUCGCUCCCUCCCUCGCCCGCUCACAGCAGCGCCUCCCGGAGCGGCAGGCGUGCGUCCCCGCCGCUUCUCUUCCAAAGGGGCCUCCUCACUUCCGAGACGCAGUGACAAGUUAAUAUGGGCAUCCAAGCCUCGGGUCCCAGGAGGAGAAUUGCCACAGUCAACCACCCCUGAGCGCCCAGAGCCCUUCAAGAGGCCUCCCAGAAAAGGCGUGAGACCGGGCUGCAGCAUCUGUCCAGGUGGGACCAGCUGAGCGCCGCGACCCGUCCUCCUCCGCAUCCCGGCAUCGCGAAGGCGCGCUCUCCGGAUUGCUCCGAGCUCCCCGACCCGGGGAUUUUUUUCCCCUCGCUGGUGGUGGGCGCCUCGAGGGCCGAGGCCCGGCGCCUGCUCUGCUGCCCGCGCUGCCUUUAGCGGUCGCCUCCGCCGCCGCUGCCAGGGACGUGCUGGGAAAGCCGAAGCCCCGGGAGAAGAUGCCGGCCAUCCUGGUCGCCUCCAAAAUGAAGUCGGGACUGCCCAAACCCGUGCACAGCGCCGCACCCAUCCUGCACGUGCCCCCAGCCCGAACCGGCCCCCAACCCUGCUACCUCAAGUUGGGAAGCAAAGUGGAGGUGAGCAAGAUCACCUACCCUAGUCAGAUCCCCUUGAAAUCGCAGGGGCUGCAGGAGCCGACGGGGGAGGGGCUCCCGCUGCGGAAGAGCGGCUCGGUGGAAAACGGGUUCGAUACCCAGAUCUACACGGACUGGGCCAAUCAUUAUCUAGCCAAAUCAGGCCACAAACGUCUCAUCAAGGACCUCCAGCAAGAUGUGACGGAUGGUGUCCUCCUGGCGCAGAUCAUCCAGGUUGUGGCAAAUGAAAAAAUUGAAGACAUCAAUGGCUGUCCGAAGAACAGGUCACAAAUGAUUGAAAACAUAGAUGCCUGCUUGCAUUUCCUGGCAGCUAAGGGAAUAAACAUCCAGGGGCUGUCUGCAGAAGAGAUCAGGAACGGAAACCUCAAGGCCAUCCUAGGCCUGUUCUUCAGCCUGUCCCGGUACAAACAGCAACAGCAGCCCCAGAAGCAGCCCCUCUGCUCACCGCCUGCACCCUCCGCACCCCUACACCAGGCUGGCACUCCACAGGGGCCAGCUGCACUCCAGGCCCCGUGCCAGCCGCCCCAGCCAACACCACAGCAGCAGGCAAAAGCACAAGCUGACAUGCAGUCCAGUGCAUCAUCCAAGGACUCACCUCAAAGCAAAAUCAUCCGCUUCACUCUGGGUCAGAAAAAGAUCUCUAGACUGCCAGGUCCUACCUCGAGGGCAUCCGCUGCAGGCAGCGAGGCCAAAACACGUGGAGGGUCAGCCACUGCUAACAACCGACGCAGCCAGAGCUUUAACAACUAUGACAAGUCCAAACCAGUCACCUCCCCACCACCACCAAGCAGCCAUGAAAAAGAGCCAUUGGCAAGCCCAGCCUCCUCCCACCCCGGAAUGAGUGAAAAUGCACCUGCCACUUUGGAGAAUGUCAGCAGCUCCACCCCUGCUAAUAGCGGCGCCUCCUCGGCCAUCCCCCAGCCCGGCGCUGCCCCCAAGCCCUGGCGCAGCAAGUCAGUCAGCGUGAAGCACAGUGCCACGUCAGGCCUGCUCGUGGUCAAGCAGUCCGUGCCUGAGGUCCCCAGGCCCACGGCCGAAGCCAUGAAGCCAGCCGCCAACAACCAGAAGUCCAUGCUGGAAAAGCUAAAACUUUUCAACAGUAAAGGGGGUUCCAAGGCAGGUGAGGGCCCGGGGUCACGGGACACAAGCUGUGAGCGGCUAGAGAUCCUGCCCAGCUUUGAAGAGAGCGAGGAGAUGGAGGCCCCCGGUCCCUCACCGUGCACGGCGGGCCCUGCUUCCAGCAGCCCUAAGAUUGCCCUCAAGGGCAUCGCCCAGAGAACCUUCAGCAGGGCGCUCACCAACAAGAAGAGUUCCCCGAAAGGCAACGAGAAGGAGAAGGAGAAACAACAGCGGGAGAAGGAAAAAGAGAAAAGCAAGGACCUCUCCAAGCGGGCCUCUGUGACAGAGAGGCCGGACCUCAAAGAGGGGCCGAAAGAAGACCCCAGUGGGGCAGUGGUGACUGAAAUACCAAAAAAGUCCUCCAAGAUUGCCAGCUUCAUCCCCAAAGGGGGGAAGCUCAACAGUGCCAAGAAGGAGGCUGUGGCCCCUCCCCACAGUGGGAUACCAAAACCAGGAAUGAAGAGUAUGCCCGGGAAAUCCCCAAGUGCCCCUGCCCCUUCCAAGGAGGGGGAGCGGAGCCGGGGUGGGAAGCCGAGCUCGGGGCUCCCCCAGCAGAAGCCCCAGCUGGACGGCAGACACUCCAGUUCCUCCUCCAGCCUGGCGUCUUCAGAAGGAAAGGGCCCAGGAGGGACCACCCUGAACCACAGCAUCAGCAGCCAGACUGUCAGUGGGUCUGUCGGGACUACCCAGACCACAGGAAGCAAUACUGUCAGCGUUCAGCUACCUCAGCCCCAGCAGCAAUACAGCCACCCCAACACUGCGACAGUCGCGCCUUUCCUGUACAGGUCCCAGACAGACACUGAAGGGAAUGUUACUGCCGAGUCCAGCUCAGCGAGUGUGAGCAUGGAGCCCAACCACUACACCAAGAGUGGACAGCCUGCUCUGGAAGAACUCACUGGGGAAGAUCCUGAGGCUCGGCGGCUGCGGACAGUGAAGAACAUCGCUGAUCUGCGGCAGAAUUUGGAGGAGACCAUGUCCAGUUUACGGGGAACUCAGGUCACACACAGCACAUUGGAAACCACAUUUGAUACCAAUGUCACCACGGAGAUUAGCGGGCGCAGCAUCCUCAGCUUGACAGGCAGGCCCACUCCUCUGUCCUGGAGACUCGGCCAGUCCAGCCCUCGGCUCCAAGCAGGAGAUGCCCCCUCUAUGGGCAACGGGUACCCGCCCCGAGCCAACGCCAGCCGGUUCAUCAACACCGAGUCGGGUCGCUAUGUGUACUCGGCCCCUCUGAGGAGGCAACUGGCCUCCAGGGGGAGCAGCAUUUGCCACGUGGACGUCUCAGACAAGGCCGGAGGUGAGAUGGAACUGGAGGGCAUCAGUGUGGACGCGCCUGGCUACAUGAGCGAUGGGGACGUGCUGAGCAAGAACAUGCGGACAGAUGACAGCACGAGCGGGUACAUGACCGAUGGUGGACUUGGCCUCUACACCCGUCGCCUGAACCGGCUUCCUGAUGGGAUGGCUGUGGUGCGGGAGACCCUUCAAAGAAAUACCUCCCUGGGUCUUGGAGAUGCUGACAGCUGGGAUGACAGCAGCUCCGUCAGCAGCGGGAUCAGUGACACCAUAGACAACCUCAGCACUGAUGAUAUCAAUACCAGCUCCUCCAUCAGCUCCUAUGCCAACACUCCUGCCUCCUCUCGCAAAAACCUGGAUGUGCAGACCGAUGCUGAGAAGCACUCGCAGGUGGAGAGAAACUCCCUGUGGUCAGGCGACGAUGUCAAGAAGUCAGACGGAGGGUCAGACAGUGGCAUAAGGAUGGAGCCGAGCUCUAAGUGGAGGCGGAAUCCCUCGGAUGUGUCUGACGAGUCUGACAAAAGCACAUCAGGCAAGAAGAACCCCAUCAUCUCCCAGACAGGCUCGUGGAGGCGAGGCAUGACAGCUCAGGUGGGCAUCACCAUGCCAAGGACGAAGGCGGCUGCCCCGGCAAGCACGCUCAAGACCCCAGGAACUGGAAAAACAGACGAUGCAAAAGUGUCUGAGAAAGGGAGGCUCUCUCCCAAAGCCUCCCAGGUGAAGCGCUCCCCAUCAGACGCAGGCCGCAGCAGUGGUGAUGAAUCUAAAAAGGCCCUCCCCAGCAGCUCCAGGAUGCCCACUGCCAAUGCCAACAGCUUUGGGUUCAAGAAACAGAGUGGCUCUUCCGCUGGUCUGGCCAUGAUCACGGCCAGUGGGGCUGCUGUUACCAGCAGGUCAGCCACAUUGGGCAAAAUCCCAAAGUCUUCUGCAUUUGUGGGUCGGUCUACUGGCCGGAAGACGAGCAUGGAUGGGACUCAGAAUCAGGAUGAUGGGUAUCUGUCUCUCAGCUCGCGGACAAACCUGCAGUACCGGAGUUUGCCAAGGCCCAGCAAGUCCACCAGCCGGAACGGGGCUGGGAACAGGUCUAGUACCAGCAGCAUAGACUCCAACAUCAGUAGCAAGUCGGCAGGCCUGCCAGUUCCUAAGCUGAGGGAGCCGUCCAAAACUGCCCUGGGCAGCUCUCUGCCGGGUCUGGUCAACCAGACAGAUAAGGAGAAAGGCAUCUCAUCGGACAAUGAGAGCGUGGCUUCCUGUAACUCAGUGAAAGUGAACCCGGCAGCCCAGCCUGCAUCCAAUGUGGCUCAGGCCACUCUCCAGCCAGGGGCCAAGUACCCUGAUGUGGCUUCUCCCACACUCCGCAGACUCUUUGGUGGGAAGCCUACCAAGCAAGUACCCAUGGCCACAGCUGAAAACAUGAAAAAUUCGGUGGUCAUCUCUAACCCUCAUGCUGCCUUGACCCCGCAAGGCAACUUGGAGUCCCCCUCGGGCAGUGGCAUCCUGAGCAGCGGGAGCAGCAGUCCUCUCUACAGUAAGAAUGUGGAUCUCAACCAGUCUCCUCUAGCUUCCAGCCCCAGCUCAGCCCACUCAGGCCCCUCCAACAGCCUCACCUGGGGCACCAAUGCCAGCAGCUCCUCGGCAGUCAGCAAGGACGGCCUGGGCUUCCAGUCCGUCAGCAGCCUCCACACCAGCUGUGAGUCAAUUGACAUCUCCCUCAGCAGCGCGGGAGCACUGAGUCACAAUUCCUCCACCGGCCUCAUCACCUCCUCUAAGGACGAAUCCCUGACUCCCUUUGUCAGAACCAACAGCGUGAAGACCACACUGUCCGAAAGCCCUCUCUCUUCCCCUGCUGCUAGCCCUAAGUUCUGCAGAAGUACUCUGCCCAGGAAACAGGACAGUGACCCGCACCUUGAUAGGAACACUUUGCCUAAAAAAGGACUCAGGUACACUCCCACCUCCCAGCUUCGCACACAAGAUGACACAAAGGAAUGGUUACGGUCCCACUCCGCAGGUGGCCUGCAGGACACCGCUGCCAAUUCCCCUUUUUCCUCUGGCUCCAGUGUCACUUCUCCCUCUGGAACAAGAUUCAACUUUUCCCAGCUUGCAAGUCCCACUGCCGUCACCCAGAUGAGCCUGUCCAACCCAACCAUGCUGAGGACCCACAGCCUCUCCAAUGCCGAUGGGCAGUAUGACCCGUACACCGACAGCCGCUUCCGGAAUAGCUCCAUGUCCCUGGAUGAGAAGAGCAGAACCAUGAGCCGCUCAGGCUCAUUCCGUGAUGGGUUUGAAGAAGUGCAUGGAUCCUCGCUCUCCUUGGUUUCCAGCACGUCAUCAAUUUAUUCUACACCGGAAGAGAAGUGCCAGUCAGAGAUUCGCAAACUGCGACGGGAGCUGGAUGCCUCACAGGAGAAGGUUUCAGCUUUGACCACGCAGCUGACAGCAAAUGCUCACCUUGUGGCAGCCUUUGAACAGAGUCUUGGAAACAUGACCAUCAGGCUCCAGAGUUUGACCAUGACAGCUGAGCAAAAGGAUUCAGAACUGAAUGAGUUAAGGAAAACCAUUGAACUGCUAAAGAAACAGAACGCAGCUGCCCAGGCUGCCAUUAAUGGAGUAAUUAACACUCCGGAGCUCAGUUGCAAAGGAAACGGUGCAUCCCAGUCUGCAGACCUCCGCAUCCGCAGACAGCAUUCUUCUGACAGCGUGUCCAGCAUCAACAGUGCCACCAGCCACUCCAGCGUGGGCAGCAACAUAGAGAGUGAUUCAAAGAAGAAGAAGAGAAAGAAUUGGGUCAAUGAGUUACGCAGCUCCUUCAAGCAAGCUUUCGGGAAGAAGAAGUCCCCCAAGUCGGCAUCCUCCCAUUCAGACAUUGAGGAGAUGACGGAUUCUUCUUUGCCUUCCUCGCCAAAGUUACCGCAUAAUGGGUCCACGGGUUCCACUCCACUGCUGAGGAACUCCCACUCCAACUCCCUAAUUUCUGAGUGCAUGGAUAGUGAAGCCGAGACGGUCAUGCAGCUCCGAAAUGAGCUGAGAGACAAGGAGAUGAAGCUGACAGACAUCCGCCUAGAAGCCCUCAGCUCUGCACACCAGCUUGACCAACUUCGUGAGGCCAUGAACAGGAUGCAGAGUGAAAUAGAGAAGUUGAAAGCUGAAAAUGACCGGCUGAAGUCAGAGUCUCAAGGCAGUGGCUGCAGCCGAGCACCCUCCCAGGUGUCGCUGUCUGCUUCCCCGAGGCAGUCCAUGGGCCUCUCCCAGCACAGCCUGAACCUCACUGAGUCAACCAGCCUGGACAUGUUGCUGGAUGACACUGGUGAAUGCUCGGCUCGGAAGGAAGGAGGCAGGCAUGUUAAGAUAGUUGUCAGCUUUCAGGAGGAAAUGAAGUGGAAGGAGGAUUCCAGACCACACCUCUUUCUUAUUGGCUGCAUUGGAGUUAGUGGCAAGACCAAAUGGGAUGUGCUCGAUGGGGUAGUUAGACGGCUGUUCAAAGAAUACAUCAUUCACGUCGACCCAGUGAGUCAGCUGGGGCUGAACUCAGAUAGUGUUCUUGGCUAUAGCAUUGGGGAAAUCCAGCGCAGCAGCUCCUCUGACACCCCCGAGCUUCUGCCCUGCGGCUAUCUGGUCGGAGAGAACACCACCAUCUCUGUGACUGUCAAAGGGCUCGCGGAAAACAGCCUGGACUCCCUGGUAUUCGAGUCCCUGAUCCCCAAGCCCAUCCUGCAGCGCUACGUCUCCCUGCUGGUGGAGCACCGACGGAUCAUCCUCUCUGGGCCCAGCGGCACUGGGAAAACCUACCUGGCCAAUCGGCUCUCAGAGUACCUGGUGCUCCGGGAGGGACGAGAGCUUACAGACGGGGUCAUUGCCACCUUCAACGUGGACCACAAGUCCAGCAAGGAAUUGCGCCAGUACCUGUCCAACCUGGCCGACCAGUGCGCCAGCGAGAACACCGCUGUGGACAUGCCUCUCGUCAUCAUCCUGGACAAUCUGCAUCAUGUCAGCUCUCUGGGCGAGAUCUUCAAUGGGCUGCUCAACUGCAAGGAUCGCAAAUGCCCCUACAUAAUCGGCACGAUGAACCAGGCCACCUCCUCCACUCCCAACCUGCAGCUUCAUCACAACUUCAGGUGGGUGCUUUGUGCCAACCAUACUGAGCCCGUGAAGGGUUUUCUUGGCCGAUUCCUGAGGCGGAAGCUCAUGGAAACAGAGAUCAGUGGGCGGGUGCGGAAUGUGGAGCUGGUGAAAAUCAUCGACUGGAUUCCCAAGGUCUGGCAUCACCUCAACCGCUUCCUGGAGGCUCAUAGCUCCUCAGACGUCACCAUAGGGCCCCGGCUCUUCCUGUCCUGCCCCAUCGAUGUGGAUGGCUCAAGAGUGUGGUUCACUGACUUGUGGAACUAUUCAAUCAUUCCCUAUCUCCUGGAAGCUGUCAGAGAAGGACUCCAGCUCUAUGGCAGGCGGGCCCCCUGGGAGGAUCCCGCCAAGUGGGUGAUGGACACCUAUCCAUGGGCAGCCAGCCCACAGCAGCAUGAGUGGCCUCCUCUGCUGCAGCUCCGGCCUGAGGAUGUCGGCUUUGACGGCUACUCUGUACCUCGGGAGGGGUCCACGAGCAAGCAGAUGCCCCCCAGUGAUGCUGAAGGAGACCCCCUGAUGAACAUGCUGAUGAGGCUGCAGGAGGCAGCCAACUACUCCAGCCCCCAGAGCUACGACAGUGACUCCAACAGCAACAGCCAUCAUGACGACAUCCUGGACUCGUCCCUGGAGUCCACUCUGUGAUGGGGCCUGCCCACCUCGUCUCCUUGUCCUGCUCUGCCCACACCCUCCACCCCACCCCGAAGAUGCCGUCCUGAGCCAGUCCCCGGCUGCAGCUUGAGAGCUGCAGGAACACCAGGACCCUUCCUCCUCCAGCCUUGUCCGGGCUCAGGCACCCUGGGCCGGCCACCUGCAGACCCCUUCCUCCACGGCAAGAACUGCACUGUCUUCCGUUCCCUUCUGAUUAUUGUUUGCCUUGUUGCUGUGACCUCCCUAAGACACUGAAGAUCUGAAGAUACUUCUCGGGAAAGGAUCAUCACUGUUGAAACAAAAAGGGUUAGAAAAAAAAAAAGGAAAAAAAAAACCCCACUUGAAGCUCUGAAACCAAACAGCAUCGUGCCAUGAGCUGCCCCUGAAACAGUAGAAACUGGACCAAACUUGGAAAUAGACAGCACGGCUUCCCGUCAGCACAGACCCUCCAGACUGAGUCUGGCCGCCAGCAGCCCCAUCCACGCCGAGCCACCUUCCACCCAGUGGGCCGCGAGAACUGGUGCUAACAACGAGGGCUGCUGCCUCGGUCACACCUGGCGAGGACAGAGCUAUGACACAGGGAAACCUUUGGAGAAAACAAACCAUGCUUCCUGUUUUGUUUUGUUUUUCUAAAUGGUGCUCUCCUUACCCGAGAGGUAUUUUGCCCAUUCCGAUUCAACUACCCCUUUCAGGUCCGUCAACCUCCAAUUCAUCCGUGAGCGUGAGUGGGGAAGUGAGAAUGAGCAUGAGUAGAUGUGGCCCCAAGCAGACAGCAUGGGUCUGUCUCCUUCCGAUGUAGAAACACAUCAGGUUCUUUUCUGCAAACACUGUGUCCAGUGAGAAUUGGGGUCUGUUUUGGAGAACGGAUCACCCCUUUGAAAAUGAGAUCGAGUUUCUCCUUUCUCUUUGGUUUUGAAGAUGUUCCUUAUCCACCUCUUGGUCAGAAUCAGCCCUUUGGUGAAAGAAAGAACUGCAGGAGUUGAGUUUUGGGUUCGGUCCUGCUGAGUUUGGUUUCAGUUGUCCACCCUCGCAGUGCUCCAUGCUCACCUCCUGCUGCCGGGCCCAGGGUGUCCUCUGCAGUGGACCAGGACCCCAUCCUCCACACGUGGGUGAGCCGGGACCUUGCCUUGCCUUCUCGUCCUCCGGGCUCCAGAGCGCACACCGACACCCAGGCGUGCCGGCCCCAGCCUCAGGUGGGUGGUGAGGUCAUCUCGCAGAAGCCUUGCACUUUUCCUCACAACCAGCGUGGCGCAUCUCAGCAAGCAGGGGUGCCCACUUCCGGAAGCCCUGCCUCAGCCUCCGUCCAGACAAGUCUUGCCUGACCUCUUCGGUGCUGACCUUCCCAAAGCGAUGCCUUACUGAUGUGUACUAACCAUGUUCCCUUUGGAGUGUCCUGCCUGCCUGGGGUCCGGGUUUUGUUUUGUUUUCCCCGUCAGAGCAAACAGGGCUAAAAAGUCAUUUACUCAUUAGGAGAACUCAAGUUGCUGUGACUUUUCUCACCCAAAAGACUCAUUUGUGUGGUUGUGUGGCCAUGGGAAAAAAUAAAAAGGGAAAAAAAGAUUCAUUUUUUUAGGUUUUUAUUAGUCUCCAGCUAUCACCCUGGCUGGACAAUAAUACGUCUUGUGCAGAAAAGGCAAAAAUUCCAACAAGUGUACGUGACUUUGCUGACCCAUGCCCUGUUAGGAUGUGUCUUCAACAUCCUGGUAUUUUCUUUGCAAAUUGUGGUAAAUCUUUGAGUUGUUUGUUUCUGUUUUAUAAAGAGAAUCUUUAUUGGACCCCAGAAGGGGUCUCUGUUAAUAAUCAGGGUUUUUUUCCCAUCUUUUAUGUUUCUAUUUCUGAAGGUCCAUCCCUCUACAUUUAUUUUUAUUUUCUUGCCAUAAGAACUUGACCUGAAACUGCUCACAUUACAUUGAAUGACACCAUUUUCCUCCUCCUUGAAAGGAAAAGGGGCCUCUGUCCCACUAACUAACUGGUGAAUGGAAAACCUCUCAACACUGUCCCUGCUUUAAUCUCAGUAAACUCAGACUCUAUUCUGCUGAGCCUGCAUUGGUCAUCUGGGUGUAUGAGUGUAUCUUGUUCUCUCUUGUGUUUCAUGAAGUUUUUAAACCAUAUAUUUAGCCUGUGGCCAUGGGCCACACCCUGAGCCUUCUGGUAAACCUGAAACGUGGUCCUUGUCAAUUUAUCUCCUGACCAUGACCUUACAUGCUCAUACUGUGAAUUGGGAGGAGGUAACAUUGACUUCUCCUCAUGGGCAAUUUUCCCAGUCACCUUGUGAGUAGACACCUAGCCAAUAUUGUUUGGAACUUUUUUUUUUUUAGUGACACCCUCUGCUCUUCCUCCUCUUCCCUGUCCCACAGGCUUCCCUCCCAUAGGGUCCAGGCUCAGAACCAAGACCUCGGUCCCUGGUGCUGCCCGACUAGUGAACAGUGAUUUCAGUAGUGUAGCCCUUGUAUGAUUCACAACUCAGUGUCCUUCCUAAAGCUUCGGGAAGCAGGGUUGUAUGAUAUGCACAUUUCCUAUUUGGGUCAUCUUUUACUUUAGUGUCACUCACCUUUAGCAAAGUGACUUUGUACUCAUUUAGGGCUCUGUCUGAAAUGCUUUCAGUUUGCCUUUUUCUACAGUUAGGCUAACUUUGAAAUGUAUGAAAUUCUAUGCAACACUUACAUUGAGUUACCAAUGGAAGCCAAACCUUUUCUUCCCCAGCUGCCAAGAAUUAUACAGGCCAUAAAUGAGAUGGGAAUACCUUUUAAUUUAAGGUUGGGUUGGGGGGGUGGGUAAGGGUGGGACAAGGAACAAGGCUUGCCUAGACCUUUGUUGUAUCUUGGGGACAUUUAAAAAUUUUAUUGUUGAUGCUUCAAUUUCAAAAUUCUGUGUAUUCAAAUUUGAUCAUGGCGAAUCUAUUUCAAAAGACAAAAAAUAAUCCAGCUUUGUGGAUAUUAAAUGGAAGGUUUGCUGUCUUGAUCCAGUUGUUUCCAGUGGAGCAGUUUAUGAAAUAUGUUCUAUAAGAUGUACAUUUUUUCAUUGUAACAUAAAAAUUGUAAAUAAUUGAUUAAAGUGCUGCAUUUUGAUGAAUUUUUUCUAGCCAUUUUUAAAGAGAAAACUAGGAAUUGAGUAUUUUGUGUACGGUAUGUUUCCAUUGUCCCUCCCCUUCCACCAAACCUCCUUCCCUAUUUAAUUUUCAUUUGUCAUGAGGUUCUUUGAUUUGCCAAUGAUCUGCUGGAGAUCAUGUCCCACGUCAUAGAGAAUAAAGCUGAUGAUUGUACCAGUCUUAAAUUAUUCAUGAUUCAAUAAAAUUGAUGCUUAUUUAUUCACA